AUGUCGCAAUUGGCUCCCUUUGUUCAAAACGUUGUUGAGGUGGUUACCAAUGAUGGACGAGUGAUUUUGGGUAAACUAGAGGGGUUUGAUCAAACCACCAACCUUAUUCUAUCUAGUGCCAAAGAGCGUAUAUUUUCAGGAGAAGGAUCACAGGAUUUACCUCUUGGACUUUAUGUUGUGCGAGGCGAUUCCAUAACGGUGGUAGGAUUGGUUGACGAAGAGCAGGAUGCACAAAUCCAAUGGGCUACCGUCUUGGCAGAGCCCAUUGCACCUGUACCUAGAACAUAUGCAUGA